AUGGUGACGACUCUUCAUCCAAGGCAGAUGGGCAAGCUAAGCCUGCGCGGCCCUACAAACGAGGAUGUUGUCGCAGUUGAGCCUUCAGCUAAGAAAUCUAAGAAUAAUGACGAUGUUGCCGUGGUGAUUAACGAGGACGGCAAUUCGCUCAAACGACGACUGCGCCCUAGGAAGCCCAAGACCACCGAGGCUGAGCCCAUUGCAACUAAAGCUGGGCCCGCGAAGAAGAAGCCGAGAGCGGCUCAAUCGCGCAAGAGCAAGACUGUCGAGGCCACCAAGACGAAAGAGACUGCGGUGAAGAAGAAGAUCAAGAUCGUCAGUUCCAGCACUUCUAACACGACGAGUGAUCAAGAUGUGGAGUCUGCGACCUCAAAGGGUAAUUCCUCAUCCGCCAAAGAGCCUCGAGUUAAGGGCGAAUCUUCUGAUGAUGUCCAAAUCAUCAAGAGUCAGCGAAAAGUCAUUACUAUUGACAGCACUGACGAGAGUUCAUAG